AGAACGCCACGACACCCAUCGACUCCACCAUGGCGCCGGGAGAAGCAAACGCGGCCACCGCCGGCGGCCCGUCCCGCCGCCGCCGCCGCCGCGUGCUGCUCUUCCCGCUCCCGUACCAGGGCCACAUCACCCCCAUGUUCCAGCUCGCGGGCCUCCUCCACGCGCGGGGCUUCGCCGUCACCGUCUUCCACGCCCGCUUCAACGCGCCCGACCCGUCCCGCCACCCGGCCUACCACUUCGUCCCCGUCCCCGAGGGCCUGCCGGCGGCCGGCCCCGGCACGAUCGUGGAGACCCUCGAGCACAUCCUCGCCCUCAACGGCUCCCUCGAGGCGCCGUUCCGGGAGCGCCUGGCCGCGCUGCUGGAGCCUCCCGGCGCCCGGGACGAGGUCGCGUGCCUGGUCGCCGACGCGCACCUGCUGACCCUCGUGGGCGUGGCGCGGCGGCUGGCCGUGCCGGCGCUGGUGCUGCGCACCGGCAGCGCCGCCUGCUUCCGCAACUUCGUGGCCAACCCCAUGCUCUGCGACAGGGGCUACCUCCCGGUGAGCGCGGAGUCGCAGCUGGACGCGCCGGUGAGGGAGCUGCCGCCGUACCGCGUCCGGGACCUGAUGGGCGCCGACAGCAGAAGCCGUCACGCGCACGAUCUCAUGUGCAAGCUGCUGUCCCGGGCGGUCGAGGCGGUGCGGAGCUCGGCGGGGUUCAUCCUCAACACCUUCGACGCGCUGGAGGCCGCCGACCUGGCGGCGACCCGGCGAGACCUCGCCGCCGUGCCGGUGUUCGACGUCGGCCCGCUCCACAAGCUCUCCCCGGCGUCGUCCAGCAGCCUCCUGCAGCAGGACCGCUCCUGCCUCGACUGGCUGGACGCGCAGGCCCCGGCGUCCGUGCUGUACAUCAGCUUCGGCAGCCUGGCGAGCAUGAGCGGCGAGGACCUGGCCGAGGCGGCGUGGGGCGUGGCCAACAGCGGCCAGCCGUUCCUGUGGGCGCUCCGGCCGGGCCUCGCCCGCGGCGCCGCCCUGCCCGACGGGUUCGCCGCGGCGACGGAAGGACGUGGGCUGGUCGUGAGCUGGGCGCCGCAGGAGGAGGUGCUGGCGCACGGCGCCGUGGGCGGGUUCUGGACGCACGGCGGGUGGAACUCGGCGCUGGAGGGCGCGUGCGGGGGCGUGCCGAUGCUCUGCCGGCCCUGCUUCGGCGACCAGAUGGGCAACGCGAGGCACGUGGAGCACGUGUGGCGCGCGGGCAUCGCGCUGGACGGCGGCGGCGUGCUCGAGCGGGGAGCGGUGGAGGCGGCCGUCCGGCGGCUGAUGCGGGGCGAGGAUGGGGAGGGGAUGAGGGGCCGUGCCCGGGAGCUCCGGAGCAGGGCGGCCGCGGCCGUCGCCGAUGGCGGGUCGUCCCGGCUCAGCGUCGACAAGCUGGUGAACCACAUCCUGUCGCUGUGAAGUCCCGUGUCAGACCCCGUAGGUAGUACUCCGUACUCUGUAGUCUGUUUCUGGGCCACGAGCCCACACGUGUUUUGUUUGUCCGGAUCUGCUUCUAUGUAGUCUAGAAUAAGUUGUCAAAAACCAUCGCAAUUUGCCCCCGACAAUGCCAAAAACCAUCGUCUUCAUAAAAGUUCACGGAAAACACCGUUUUUUGGGAUUUUUUUUUGCCAAAACCUGACCGGUGGGGCCGUUGUCAGUGCUGAUGUGGCAGUUGACUGGAGACGGCCGCAUCAUGUUUGACGUGUUAAAACUGACGUGGCAUUAGUCUGCUCCACGUGUCAUAUAUAGUAAGCCUUGUCAUUUUUUAUUUAAAGCUAAGCCUUGUCUUGUUGGUCUCUCCU